AUGCUGGUGGCCGCUUCGGCCGAGCGGAAUAAGGAGCCCAUCCUGCGGGUGCUACGGCAGUACGUGGACCCGACCCAGCGCGGCGUCCGCGUGCUCGAGGUGGCCUCGGGCUCCGGCCAACACGCGGCCCACUUCGCGCAGGCCUUCCCCCACGCCGAGUGGCAGCCCUCGGAUGUGGACCAGCGAUGCCUGGACAGCAUUUCAGCCACAACGCAGGCCCAGAGGCUGGCGAACGUGAAGGCCCCGCUGUACCUGGACGUGACAUGGGACUGGGAGCAGUGGGGCGGGUUCGGGCCGCAGUCUUUGGACCUGCUCCUCUGCAUCAACAUGAUUCACAUCAGCCCCCUCCGCUGUACUGAGGGGCUAUUCAAAGCUGCUGGACACUUGUUGAAGCCCAAAGCAUUGCUGAUCACCUAUGGGCCCUACUCAGUCAAUGGGAAAAUCUCUCCCCAGAGCAAUGUGGACUUUGACCUGAGCCUCAAGUGCAGGAACCCGGAGUGGGGACUUCGGGACACGGCCCUCUUGGAGGACCUGGGCCAGGCUAGUGGUCUGCUUCUGGAAAAGAUGGUGGACAUGCCAGCUAACAACAAGUGCCUGAUCUUCCGGAAGAAGUGA